AUAAAACUGUUUGAAACAGGGUGGUGGUGGGGGGUGGAUUCUAUAAAGUUAAUUGAUCUCGUCGGUGGCUCUUGGUACGGUCGAGCUCUUGGGGGGGGGAAUCGGGGAUCGAAAUAGACUAACCCGCCAGCGACCCCAGACAGACAAGCUCGGCGAAGGUUUUAAAAGCGGGGCAGCUGAACCGCGCGACACAGCCAGGCUUGUCAGUCCCCUCUCCUGCGAGGAGACAAGGUAGCUCAGUCAGCGGACGAUGGAGAGGAAAACUAGGAGGAACCUGCGGGAGCGCUUCGCCCUGAAGAACAGCAUUGUCAAGGAAGCCUUGGCAGAAUUCCUCGGGACAUUCGUACUCAUCCUUUUCGGCUGUGGGUCAGUUGCCCAGACCGUUUUGAGUCGCGGUGCCGUGGGAGAGAUGCUGACCAUCCACAUCGGAUUCACUCUGGGUGUGACCAUGGCGGUGUACGUGGCCGGAGGAGUGUCAGGGGCACACGUGAACCCCGCGGUGUCCCUCGCCAUGCUGGUGCUGGGCAAGUUGAAGCUGGUGAAGUUCCCGGUGUACGUGCUCGCACAGUUCCUCGGCGCCUUUGCCGGGGCUGCAGCCGUGUACGGGCUGUAUUACGAUGCCUUUAUGGAUUACACCAAUGGAAUACUAAUUGUUACUGGUCCCAACGCUACAGCACAUAUCUUUGCAUCAUAUCCGGGAAGACACUUGUCAAUCCUAAAUGGAUUCAUAGAUCAGGUCAUAGGGACGGGCGCCCUGGUGCUUUGUAUUCUGGCCAUUGUGGAUGGGAAGAACAAUGGGGCUCCCAAAGGAAUGGAGCCUUUAGUGAUUGGGCUGAUCAUCAUGGCUAUUGGGGUCUCCAUGGGACUGAACUGUGGGUACCCUAUAAAUCCUGCCCGGGACCUCGGCCCACGCCUGUUCACUGCAGUGGCAGGAUGGGGAAGAGAUGUCUUCAGCGCUGGGAGGAACUGGUGGUGGAUUCCAGUGUCUGGCCCGUUGGUGGGCGGGGUUGUAGGAGCUGUGUUGUACCUGUUGUUCAUUGAGCUGCACCACGCCGAGCCGCAGAAGCACCUGGAAGAAGAGAACAGCGUCAAGGAAAAGAAAUGCAGGAAAAUAACUGUAGACGGAGGUUUGAAGUGUAAAACGUUUGAAGAAUUAUCCAGGAGUUUUGACUUUCGGUCACUGAAUAUGAAGGUAGGGCUUAUGAGAGGUGGCUCCCAGUAUCCAGCAUUUUCCUCUUGUUAUGAGCCAGGAAAGAAGCAUCCUAUAGCUUUGUAAUUUGAAAAAAUUACACCGGCAAAUAUCCUGCCAUAGAAUGUUUUCAUUUCUGAGAAAAUUAUGGCUCAUAAUGCAAAAAUCAGUUAGUGGAAUGUCCUUUAAAUUAACAACUUGAACAUCUUUCCCAGCAUCCUUCCACUCAUCAUAAAUAUUUCACAGUUUUAUGCUAAAUGGCUAAUGCAUUCCCUACUCAAAUAUGCCUUCUGUCAUGACAUUCAGUGGGUUUGAGAGUGAUGUCGUAUAGGCAUGUAUCUCCUCUCUAUUAUAAAUUGCAGUGAGCACCUUUUAUGCCCCACAAAAUUCACCCUUAACGUGUGCGAAGUGUCAGCAUUUUCUUUAUGGUCUUUGAAAAGAAAACCAGUGUUUGCCAGAAAACCAGUGACCAAACCAGUGGUCUUCCACUUGGUCCUUGUUAAUUCAUUUUAAAGAGUAAUGUAAAUAAAAGCUCUAGAACUGGAAAGCACACAAGCCACAGUGGAAUAUGUGCAAAGUAGUUUAAAGGGGAGUGCAAACAGACUAUAGCACACACAGCAACCCACAAUGAAAACCAAGAAACCGGACAUGUUUCUGAGCUGCUGCAGUUCACUGUGGAGUUGCUACACCCCAUUACUGACAGAAGGGCGGCGCUUUUAGAAAGAUUUCACACGUCCUUCCCGGUGCCAUAUCGUAUGACAGACAAAAGGCAGAGGGUGACCUCACAACGUGUUUCCUUUGGCCGUGGCUGGGUGAAUGGUGCAGUCCAUCUGGAUAUGGCACAUGCACAUUUGGAUCCACAUGUGGAUACACGUAUCCAUCUGCUGAUACUAGCGGUUAAGCAGGGAGAGUCAGGGGAGCUCUGCUGGACAGAGCUAGGCUCUGCGUCCCUCACAGGAAUGUGCUAGCGAGCUCACAUAAUUACUUACUAAAACUAGAUAACACGCGGUGUAGCUAAAUACAAAAAAAGAGCUUGGAUGGCUUGGAAGGAGCACUUUAGUUUGUGACUCUGUUAGAAAGCAUCCCAAACCUUCUUUCUUUUUACAGUAAAGCACAUCAGGCCACUGACUGCCACCUCUAGGCCACUCUGUGUAGGAGCAUACUGGAUUCUACAACCUCUGUUGACAGGUUUUUCUUCUUCUAUAUCUUAAUAUGUAGUAUCUGUUACAUUAAAAUUAGAUCUAUAUGAUAUACAAUAGUUUUUAAAUUAGAUCUACAGUAUACUUUAUAAUAGAUUUUUUCAGAUGAUGUGUAACUAUAAAAACGUGUUUUGCCACAGUUAAUGGUACAUCGGUCUCACAAUGGCUAUUUCAGCUCACUGUGGUUUCAUUACAGAAUUUAAUAAACGUGUUGUAUUGAGUAAUUGACCCAGCUUUGGGUGAAAACGUGUUUUUGUUUUUGUUACUUUCUUUUGCUGUUACAGUCGCUAUCUGUACUGUCUGCCUCCUCCAUGGAUUUACUUUCAACACAGCUUUGACAAAUUAACUGUCACCUUCUUGUAAAAUAAUGAAAAUGUACCAUAAAACAUAAAUAAACACUAAAAAUGUUUAAUAAUG